AUGAUUCGUGAUCCGAGCUCCUGCAUCACAGCAGCAGAUCUUGGAUCAGUUGACCUCAUCUGGUUGAUGGUAACUGGAUCAGAUCUUGUAAAUGGUAGGUGGGAUGAGCUCAAGAUUGUGAUGAAGGGAAAAGUUGUCACUCUGCAAACAGGAGCUACUGGCCUACAGAGAGAUGCUGAAGUAAUGUGGCUGUUUGAAAGUGGAGACCAAACAACCCGUAUAGCACAGCUGUAUAAAGGAACAGUCUUCACUCAUUAUGAACCAAGACUCGUCAACAGACUAAAGCUGGACCGAGAAACUGGAUCACUGACUAUCUGGAACAUCAGCACCAGUGAAUCUGGACUUUAUGAAGUCACCAUCAGUGGAUUCAUGCCAGCGAGGACCUUCAAAGUUGAUGUUUAUGAGCCAAUUUCUGUACCUGCCAUCAGGAUUGGCUUGUUGGUGGCUCACCCAAAUCAAGAACUCUGCUCUGUGCUCUGCUCUGUAAAAAAUGAACAAGACGUGUCCAUCUCAUGGUAUAAAGGGGGUGAAAUUGUGAACCAGACCACCAAUCCAGAUCUCAGCAUGAACCUGAGUUUACCAUUAGAGCUCCAUUAUACUGAUCCUGAGGCAUACAGCUGCACAGUUGCAAAUCAAGUGAGCAAUAAGACCGUCCAUCUUCACAUCAAAGAGAUCUGCCCACAACACGAAGAUUGUCCGGAGCAUUGUGGUGUCACUGAGGUUCUGAUUCGAUUGGUUCUGUCCGGUCUGGUGGGAUUUGGCACUGUUGUCUUUCUGGUUGAGCACAUGAUGUUGUGCUCCAUUCAAGGAAGAGCUCCAUCUAUGUGCUAA